AUGGCGGCUAACUUUCAAUCAGCCGUUUUCUUUGAGAAUUUACUACUUCUAGGGGAGGAAAUCCGGAGGUUUGAAUGAAAAUGAAUCGAAUUAGAUCCGCUUCUGUUAGAACAAAUUCGUCGAAAAACUGUUUUGUCAGUCUUUCUGGUGAUCUUGCAGAGGCAGUAGGCUUGCGAAUUCAGGGUCAACCAUUUGCUCUCCAACUUGAGUGGGAAAAUGGUAAGGCUUUCACCAGCUGGUCUGGUGAAGUGAUACACAGUAGGAGAGGUGAUAUCCUGAAUGAUUCAUCAUCUAUUGUCCAAUUGGGAAAAAAAUUUGCCGAUGCACUAGGACUAGAUGACGAGCAGCAGGUUUUAGUUGAACCUGUGGUAGGCAUUGCAUCAUGUAACAGAAUAAGCGUGGAUCCAGUUAGUGCCAAUGAUUGGGAAAUUUUAGAACUCCAUGCUGGUUAUAUAGAAAGUCAGCUUCUAAACCAAGUGAGAGUGGUGUUCCCAGGACAGUUAUUGCCAAUUUGGAUUGAAAACAAUAUGUGUGUGGUUGUCCAAAUUGUUGAUCUUGAGCCCAAUGCCAAUUGUGUCAGACUUGAUGAGUUUACUGAAGUGAUUGUAACGCCAAAAACAAGAACAUUUUCUAAAGGAAAAAAACCUCAGCAUGUUUCAGUUCAUUCUGGCAAUGAUAAUACAGAACAAGAGAAUGAAAUUCAUGUAGGUGCAAGUGCUGAAAAUAAGCAUACUUUGACAAGUAGUGCUUUUCAUUUUAACAAUGGUGAUCAGCUUUCAUCAAGGCCCUCACCUUCUAAAACCACAAAUUCAGAAGAACAAAAUGGCAUUGUCAAUGGUGGCUUAUUAUCAAGAGUCUCAGGUUAUUUGCAGUCUUUAUUCAACCCUCAUUAUGUGGAGAGCUCUGUAAAUGGAAAACAGACCUGCAAACCCUUGACCUCAGAAGAAAUUAAAAAUGAAGAGAACUGGAAACCCUUGUUUUCUUUCACUAAUAAAGGUGGAAAAUGUUUUACUGGCUGUGUAAAUGAUUCUGACUUUGAGAUGUAUUUGAGAGUGCAACCAAAGAUAAGAGGGAACCCUGAUGCCUCAAAUAAAGACAGCAUUGUAGCAUCUGCGAAUUAUUAUUCCCUGCAACCCACGACUGUGUUUGUUGACUUUACAUCUUUGCCGCCACUGGUUUUAAAGUCGUGGACUUGUAACUGGGACACAUUUCCACCACCAGAUGGCACAGUUGUAAAAACUGUUCAAAUACAUAGACUUUUAUCUCCGAAAGAGAGAGCUGCCUUACAAAAUAAUAAAUCCUCAUCAAACAACAAUGAAAACCAAGGAUCUCAGUCACUAGAGUCUUCAAGAGACAGUGAAUCCAACCAGGUGACUGGCCAAUCCCCUUCCAAUUAUCCUGACAUGCUACCACCUCGCUGGGUUGUAAGAAUUGUGAUGACGAGCAGCAUAAACAAGGCUUCUGUCAAUCAAAUUUCCCAUGAUUUAGGCGUGGCAGAGCAUGUACUUCCAGGACAUGUGACUCUGACCAAAGAACUCUACAAAAUGCUUGGAGCAAGGGAUCUGUGUUUAGUUAAAAUUCAGAAUAUCUCAUCUGGGCCAUCAGACUUCCAAGGAGUUGUUUUGCAUCCCUUAGCAGAAACUGAACAGAAGCUUCAGGAUAUUUCAUCUGAUGCUGUUGUGGAUGCCUUUGAAGGCUGGAUCAGCUCUGUGUGCAAUGUGGAAGUACCUCUUGUACUCUGCAGUGGAACACUAAUGUCAUUUGAUGUUCAAGGCCAACUUUGUCAGUUUGUAGUUAAAUUGCUAAGUCAUCAGGAGACAUCAACAUCAACAGAUGAGCCAUGUUAUUAUCACCUCACCCCUGAGACUCUGAACAAUGUGACAGUUGUCAUAGGAACACUGCAAAACUCUUUGAAGGGUUUCUAUGAAUCUAUAAGUGCUCAAGAAAUCAAGCCACAUUUUCCAAGGCAUAGCUUUAAUGAUUUGGGGGGUGUAACAGAUGUUUUCCGCAAGUGUGUGGAUCAUGCUCUAUCAGUGUUACGACAGCGACCACUAUCCAAUCAACUGGGAGGUAACAUUAUCACAGGGCUGUGUGGUGGGGCUGUACUAGUUUGCGGCAGUGGUACAGGAGCAGGGAUUGGCUGUGGCAAGACAUCUUUUGCUCAUGCAGUAUGUCACCAACUUCAGGAGUGGCCUGUGUGUGCUCAUGUAACGUUAGUGGAUUGUAUUCCUUUUAGAGGAAAAAGAGUUGAUACCAUUAAAAAACAGUGGCAGCAGAUAUUUAUGGAGGCUGCAUGGCAUCAACCAUCUGUUAUCUUGUUUGAUGAUUUAGAUCAAGUUCUGUCUGCCCCAAGUGCCCUCCAAGAGAUGGGUGGAGAAGCUUUGUACAAACAUCGCUUAACUCAAGUAUUUAAGGAUCUUAUCAACACAGAAAUCAAUAACAACAGCAGGAUAGUUGUUAUAGCAACCAGUAAGUCACAUGACUCUUUACACCCGUCAUUGCUGACAUCGCAAGGAUGUCACGUGUUCCAAUGCCGUGCGGAGAUCCACCCCCCUGAUGCUGACCAAAGACAACAGAUUCUGUCUGCGAUGAUGGCCAGACUGUUUCGUCACCGAGAUCGUGACAUAUCGGAACUCAGUUUAUUGGCGAAGAAAACUGAAGGAUUCUCACCCAAAGAUCUACAAUCAUUAAUCGACCGAGCCUUACACCAAGCGGCGGUCAGAAAGAUGAAAAUGUCGGCAGAUGGAGGAAUUUUCUCUGAAAUUACUACCGAUGAUUUUGAGAAAGCUCUUAACGGAUUUACCCCUACAGCGCUUAGGGGAGUUAGUUUACAUACUGCGGGAGAGUUAGGCUGGUCUGAUGUGGGAGGACUAGCUGCUGUAAAAGCAGCCCUCAUUGAGACCCUCCUGUGGCCAACAAAGUACUCGUGGCUUUUCAGUAAAUGUCCCCUGCGCAUGCGGUCUGGUCUUCUUCUCUAUGGACCACCAGGCACUGGCAAAACACUGUUGGCUGGUGUGGUUGCUAAAGAGUGUGGGCUCAACUUCAUCAGUAUCAAAGGUCCUGAACUACUGAGCAAGUAUAUUGGAGCCAGUGAACAAGCGGUCAGAGACAUGUUUACAAGAGCUCAAAGUGCCAAGCCAUGUAUUCUUUUCUUUGACGAGUUUGACUCCCUUGCUCCUCGACGUGGACACGACAGCACUGGUGUAACAGACAGAGUGGUGAAUCAGCUUCUUACUCAGCUGGAUGGAGUGGAGGGACUGGACGGUGUUUAUAUCCUGGCUGCCACCAGUCGACCAGACUUGAUUGAUCCCGCUCUUCUUAGGCCAGGACGAUUGGAUAAGUGUUUGUAUUGCGGUAUACCAACCAAGUCAGAGAGAUUACAGAUCCUGGAAGCUUUAUCCAGUUCCGUGACCCUGUCAGAGGAUAUUGAUCUAGCCGUUAUUUCAGACUUGUGUGAACACUUCACUGGAGCUGAUUUCAAAGCUCUUCUGUAUAACGCCCAGCUGGCUGCAAUCCACAGGAAAACCAAUAACAGUCUGCUUUACAAGGGAGCGUUCAAAACUACUGAAAUGGAAAGCACUGAGAAACAUAACAUAGGCGCGGAUACAGAUAUCGUUAUAGACGACGACAGGGAUGAUAUUAUUUAUGUUCCAAGCUUAACUGAAGGAUCAACACAGCUAUCAACGGAGGAGCUGACGAAACUUCGUUCAGAGAUCACAAUUCUCCAUGAUAAUUUACAGCAUAGAAAGAGCGAAAGAAAGCCAUUACAAUCUGAUUCAGCGACGCAUGAGGCAACGUUUGGAAUACAAAUCAACCAAUCCGAUUUGUUACAAGCAGCAUCAUCGGUUGGUCCAUCUGUGUCAGAUAGUGAAAGACGCAGAUACCAGGCUAUAUACGAGACAUUCGUCAAAUCCAGAGGAGGAGACUUUGGUCUCAAUACACCAGGCCAGGGAAAGGCAACAUUGGCUUAAAGAAUCUUAAUCUUUUUAUAACAUUGCCAGAAAAAGACACCACUCCUUAAGAGUGCAGUUGAAGAAAUAAAAACCUUUGCCCUUUCCCAUUCCACUGGUGAAAUUUUUAUUUUCAAAGCUGAUCGUUCCACUUUUCGAUGUAAACGGCGUGAAGCGCCCCAUCCACCACCUGGUGCGUCAACCAUUUCACAGUUGUCUCUCGUGCCAUGACAAGAUCGCUAUUACUUCUUCGACGAAUACCUUUUUAAAUAAAUAUGUG